AUGGUCAAAUCCUACGACCGUUACGAGCAGGAUGCCUGCUUUGGUGUCAUUGGCGGCACAUCCAAUACGUUAUGGCUCCCGCCUGCCCCUACCCAGUCGUCAAAGUCCGUGGGACGUGCUGUACUGGGAGGUCUAGAAGAGAUCUUGAUUUGGGACAUCAAAACCGGAGAACUCAUGACCAGAUUGAAAGAUGGUUUGACUCCAGGUGCUUCGAAUGCCCCUACAUCUUCUCCACCAGCCACUGUUGUCGCUUUGGCCUUCCACGAACCCACAAAUAUUAUAGCAGCUGGACACAGUGAUGGUAGUAUCAAGGUAUGGGACUUGACUUCAGGUUCCGUCAUGGUGACCUUUUCUGGCCAUCGCUCAUCCAUCAGCGUUUUGCAAUUUGACAGAACGGGAACAAGAGUCAUUUCAGGCUCGGCUGACUCCUCCAUUAUUAUGUGGGAUUUGGUUGGUGAAGAAGGCUUGUUCAAGUUGAAGGGCCACAAGAAACCCGAGAAAAAACAGGACGACGAGUUCGAAGACUACAUUGUUUCUGUGUCCAAGGACGGUUUAGUUAAAUUGUGGGACACAUCUUCAAGACAGUGUGUGGAAACCCACUUGGCCCACUCUGGAGAAUGUUGGUCUCUUGGCCUCAAUUCUCUCCAGGACAUGCUCAUAACAUGCGGCAGCAAAGACCAGGUGAAGGUCUGGGAAUUGGACUUAUCCAAGGAAGACGGCCAAAAAAUCACCAGUAAGGGCGAGUUUGAAAAGCAGAGCAAAGGCAGAUGCACCAAUAUUGAGUUCACAACCAUCAAAGACUCUUCCAGCGCCUACGAGGUUUUCUAUCUCCAGAAUGCCGACAGAACGACGGAGAUCUACAGAAUACGGUCUGCUGAAGAAAUCAAAAAGGGUAUCGCCAAGAGAACCAAGCGUCUCACCGGAAAAGGCCUUGACGAGGACGAAAUCCUUCAGUCCCUCCGUGAAUCUGAAAUCAGCAUGCUCAUCACGCCCUUGACCACGGUCAGAACAAUCUCCAAAAUCAAGUCGUGCGUGUGGGUCCAGUCCUCCAGAAAGAAGAUGGACUUACUUAUAUCAUUGACAAACAACAGCAUCGAAUAUCAUAGCAUUGCGCUCCCUGAGCAGAUCAGGAAAGCUCAGGUCGGGGAGCUCCACUCCGUCAAGGUUCAUGCCAUUGACCAUCAGGGUCACCGAACUGACAUCAGGGCCAUGGAUCUUUCUGAAGAUAACCGUCUUUUGGCUACCGCCUCAAAUGGCGAACUCAAGAUCUGGAACGCCAAAACAGAAAACGUUUUACGUACAUUCACGCUUGAAAGCGGCUACGCCUUGUGCUGUAAGUUCCUUCCUGGUGGCACAUUGGUUGUUGUUGGGUACAAGAACGGUGAUCUUGAGCUCUACGAUCUCGCAUCCUCAUCAUUAAUAGACAGAGUCGAAAGAGCCCAUGAGAACCAAUCUGUGGUUGUGAACGGAAAAGCCGACGAUAACCGCUCGGCUAUCUGGUCUAUGGACCUCACGCCAGACGGGAAGACAUUAAUUACGGGAGGAAACGAUAAGACAGUGAAGUUCUGGAACAUCAAGGUCAGCCAGGAGUUGGUCGCUGGUACGGGUAACACUGUCUCCACAUUGAAGCUCCAACAUACCCAGACACUUGAAUUGCCAGAGGAGGUUUUGUGUGUGAGAGUUUCACCAGACUCUCGUUUACUUGCCGUUUCGUUGUUGAACAACAACGUUCAAGUUGUGUUUAUGGACUCUUUGAAAUUGUUCCUCACUCUUUACGGCCACAAGUUGCCUGUGCUUUCCAUCGAUAUCUCGCAUGACAGCAAAAUUAUCAUCACUUCCUCCGCAGACAAGAACAUCAAGAUCUGGGGUUUGGACUUUGGUGACUGCCACCGCUCCAUCUUUGGUCAUCAGGACUCCAUCAUGAACGUUCGUUUCAUUCCAGAAAGUCACAACUUUUUCUCGUCCGGCAAGGACGGUAUGAUCAAGUACUGGGAUGGUGACAAGUUCCAGUGUAUUCAGAAGCUUCCUGCUCACCAGAGCGAAGUAUGGGCUCUCUGUGUCAGUCGAAGCGGUACAUUUGUCGUUUCCACUUCACAUGACCAUUCCAUCAGAAUAUGGAGUGCCACGAACGACCAGGUGUUCUUGGAAGAAGAGCGUGAGAAGGAGAUGGACGAGCUUUACGAGAAUGAGGUUUUGGACUCUUUGGAGGCCGUGGAUACGAAAGGUGGAAAAGCUGAAGACGACGAUGAAGAGGAGGGUGAUGGUGUUGAGCAGGUGACCAAGCAAACGACGGAAACUCUCAAGGCUGGUGAAAAGCUCAUGGAGGCUCUAGAUAUCGGUAUUGAGGAUUUGGACGCUACCGAGGCAUACGAGUUGCAAUUGCAGCAAUUCAAAUCCAAGAAGCCCGGUGUGAUGAACCCACAAAAACCCACGCCCCACUCCAUCUUGCUUGCCUUUGGUGUCACUGGAAGCGAGUAUGUGCUCAACACCAUGACCAAGAUCAGAGCAGCCCAGAUCGAAGAUGCGCUUCUUGUGAUGCCGUUCUCCUACGUUCUCAAGCUUCUCCGUUUCAUUGAGAUCUGGACCAACAAGGACAACAUCACGAAGAACCUUGUGAACCUCCAGUUGAUCUGCAAGGUGCUCUUUUUCGUGGUGAGGACCAACUCCAAAGAGCUCACAAAUCAGCGUGAUCCAAAGAUCAAGACGCAUCUUUUGAAGGUGAAGGAGCAGCUUCGAGGCGAAUUGGCCACGGCGUCGAACCAGCUUGGUUACAAUACGCAAGGGUUGGUGUUCAAACGCAACCAGUGGAAGCUUGAGCACGAGACAGAGUUUAUUGAUGAGGCUGAGCAGAGAGAGCAUGAAGAGAAGCGUGCGGUGAAGAGAACCUUUGCCACUGUUUAA